UCAUCAUCAUCAUCCCUCUUUUCAACAAACACAAAAACAUCCCAACCAACAACAUGAACAACCUACAACAACUGUCUUCAGUCUCCACUGCCACUCCAUUCAGCGCUGAAUUCCUCUUAAUUUCCCCUCACACCCUUUUCUUUUCCUCCUCAUCAUCACCAUCCUCUUAUAAUAAUAAUAAACCCCUGUUCACCAAACUCACAAGAUUCCAAACACCCAAGAUAUUAUUAUGUGGCAAUUCAAGUACUGCACAAUUUAUAGAUGAACAAGAAGAAGAAGAAGAAGUUGAAAUAGCUGAAGGAUAUACAAUGACUAAGUUUUGUGAUAAAAUGAUUGAUUUGUUUCUUAAUGAAAAGCCCAAGCCUAAAGAUUGGAUGAAUUACUUGAUCUUUAGACAAGAUUGGAAUAAAUAUCGACAUAGCUUUUAUAACCGGUGUCAAUCGUUAGCGGAUAAAGAAAAUGAUUUCUCUUUGAAGCAACGCUUGGUCACAUUAGCUGCUGAAGUUAAAAGGGUUGAUGAUGAAAUGGAGAAACACGCCGAACUUCUUAAGCAGGUAGAAGAGAGCCCAAUGGAUAUAAAUGCUAUAGUUACUAAGCGGCGUAGGGACUUUACAGAGGAGUUCUUUCGUUAUUUGAAUGUCGUUCAACAAACACAUGACAGUUUGGAGGACCGUGACGCUGUUGCAAGGCUUUCAGCUAGAUGCUUAUCUGCAGUAAGUGCUUAUGACAACACAUUAGAAAUCGUUGACACGCUAGAUGAUGCACAAGCCAAAUUUGAGGAUAUUUUAGACUCACCUUCUAUAGAAGCAGCUUGUGCCAAGAUUAAAAGCCUUGCCAAGGCAAAAGAACUCGAUUCCUCUUUAAUUCUAUUGAUAAAUAGUGCUUGGGCUUCAGCAAAAGACUCCCCUACCAUGAAAAAUGAGGUGAAAGCGAUAAUGUACAAGCUAUAUAAAGCCACAAAGAAAAGUCUAAAGAGUAUAGCACCAAAAGAAAUAAAGCUACUCAAGUAUCUGCUCAACUUCACUGACCCUGAAGAGCGCUUUUCAGCAUUGGCAACAGCUUUCUCCCCUGGUAAAGACAACGCAGCCAGGGAUCCUAAUGCAAUAUACACAACCCCAAAGGAGCUGCACAAGUGGAUUACAAUCAUGCUUGAUGCUUACCAACUUCAUAAAGAAGAUACUGGUAUUGAGGAAGCAAAGGAGAUGAGCCUACCGAUGGCCAUUCAAAGACUUUCCAUUCUCAAGGAAACAAUUGAAGAAGAAUACUUGGAAAAAGAAACCUCUGAAGCCGAAAAAGACACCAGUGCAGCAGGAGAAGAAGAAAACGAAGCAGAAGAAGACUAAGGCUGAAGUUCAGUUGUAAUUCACUCAUUGCUGCUAUGACAUCAGUGUCCAUUAAUUGCAGUUACGUACAUAUUAGCCAAAACAGGCGAAUAGCUUGCGACGCUUUUUUGGCAUUUGGUGGUAUAAGAGGGGAGAAGCCGAUGGCUGCUGUAUUAUACGUUGGAUAAUAGAAGUUGAUGUGUCACAUUAUGAUUUGUCAGGUUGAAUUUAACCUAGGAGAAAUUUAUUUUUUAACUGUAAAUUUCAAUCACUGACGGAAUACUGGAGUAUCAUCGUACUACUAGGGUAUUAUCGUGCUGCUAGGGUACCAGCCGAUCAUAUCCUCACUAGGCAAUGUCAAUACACUAAUUCGGGUAAAAAUUACCCACUUUAUAAGAUUCAAACACAUAACCAAGGUCUUAUCCAACAAUCAAGAUAUCACUGGGCUAUUAAGCCAUUGGCAA